GGCCAUGCAUCUAAUACCAUUUCCAACCUAAGUUAUAUUUAUCAUUUACUCGCUUGUUACUAUUGCUAUUUCAUUAAAACAUUACAACCUUUAGAAUUAAUAAACACUAGAUUUAAUUGUUCCCUAGCUCUUUGUGGAUUCGAUCCCUAAGUACUACAUCUGAACCUCUUUUGAUGAGAGUAACACUCCUUAGAGUAAUUUGAGUGGUAUCAAUGAUGCCGGUGACGGCCGCAAUGACUCUUUCCCUCUUUAAAGAGGUUGGGACUAGUUAUCAAUACUUUGUGCAAACGAAUGCCAUGUAUAUAAACAAACAACGUAUAAAACCAGUACUCAAAAGACCCGAUCGUCUCAGAUAUCACAACGACAAAAUGAAAUAGCAAAAGCUGUCUUAUGAUCUCAUGGCAAUCAUAAGUGCGGGUCUCAUGGCGACACUACAAACAAACAACUUAAAGCUUGGAAAAGAAAUGACUCACACAACAUCAUUAUAAAGCAACUAAAAAGUUAAUAUUAUCUGUUCGCAAAGCCUCUCCUUCUAUUCAAGUCUUUGUUUCUCUUAUUCCUUAGUAGACCUUCACUUCUACUCAGAGUCUUUCUCAACUCUUUCCGUUCCACAAUCAAUCUCCACUUGACCUUUCUUCUCUUCACCAUUAUGUUUCUUCUUAUGGAAGUAGAUCCUCUGCAACGUAUCACUACCAUACCCAAUGAAACGCAGCUUGUCCUCAAGCUGAAUAGUUGGAAACUGGUUGGGUAACUCCCACCCCAACACCCAAGAACUCUCAAGCUGCGGAAGACCUACCCACUGAAUCAACACUUCAAGAACACCAUCCGCAGUGUGGUGAGUUUCCAAAACCUUCUCUGGUUCAAUAACGACUUCACCAUUAACCCAGAACGACGGAGGGAGAACCAUAAUCGGCACAAAAGUCCCCAAUGCUUGUUUAAGUUGAGACACGUGAAACACGGGGUGAAUCUUUGAGCCAUCCAGAAGACGUAAACGAUACGCAACCUUCCCCACCUUCUCCAAAACUUCAAAUGGGCCAUAGUACUUCGCCGCCAACUUGACGACGAGUCACAGAUUGUUGUCGGUACGGACAUAACUUUAAGAAAACCUUGUCUCCAAUCUCAAAGUGUACAUCCCUUCUGUUUUUGUCUGCGGACCGUCUCAUAGACUCUUGGGCACGUGACAUAGCUGCCUUCAAAUUAGCCAAAUGAUUGUCUCUUUCCACCAGAGCUUGUUCUAGUUCGUAAUUUACCGUGGAAUCUCUUUCAAACAGCAGCAAGGACGGUGGGUAAUGGCCAUAGACGAUCUUGAAGGGUAUUCUAUGAAUAGCAGAGUGAUGGCUCGUAUUGUACCAAUAUUCAGCCCAAUUAAGAUACUUGCUCCAAGUCUUAGGGUGAGCUGACGAGAAACAACAGAGGUGCGCUUCAGUUUGGCCAUCUGUCUGUGGAUGAAAUGAUGUACUGUAUUUGAGGGAAGUACCUGAAACCUUCAAGCAUUCACGCUAAAACCCACUGAGAAAACUCGUGUCUCGGUAUGAAACAAUUGAAGCCAGGAAGUCGUGUAACUUGAUAACUUUACACACAAACAACUGAGCUACAUCAGUUGCGGUGAAUGGAUGUUUCAACCCAAAGAAGUGUCCAUAUUUGCUUAAGCGAUCCACAAUAACCUGAAUAAUGUUGACGCCAUUGGAGUAAGGAAGACCCUCAAUGAAGUCCAUGCUGAUAUCAUGCCAGACAACUUCCAGAACUGGCAAGGGUUGGAGGAGACCAGCAGGAGAUAAUGUGGACGUUUUGUGAGUUUGGCAAAUGAUACAUUGAGCCACAUAAGUCUGAACUGUCUUGCGCAUGUUAUGACAAUGAAAAGAGCCCUGUAUGCGCUCCAGUGUCCUGAAAAUACCUGAAUGUCCCCCUUGCAAGCCAUCAUGAAACUGUUUAAGUAACCAAUGAAUAAAUGUUGAAGUCUGCGGGAUCAAAGCCUUUUCUUAUACCACACACGUCCAUUAAUGACAGUGAGACCCUUUUUUACCGUUUCACCGGCUGUGAUUUGUCGCUUAAGAGUUUGAAUGUCUGCAUCUUGCUCAAUCUCAGCAUAGAUAUCUUGCAACUGCAGGACAACAUGGAAACUAAGUGACAAACACAAAAUUCUACCGCCUGCUUCCACAGUUUGCAUUUGACGCGAUAAACCAUAUGAUGCCUCGUUAUCGAUACAAGGUUUGUAUAUGAUAUCGAACUGAAAUCCUAACAGUCCUGAUAGCCACCGUUGGUAUUCGAGAGAGACUUCCCGUUGUUCUAAAUAGAAUUUGAGGCUCUUCUGAUCAGUGUGAACAACAAAGCGCCUUCCCGUUAAAUAAUACUUCCAUUUUAACACUGCCAUGACGAUUGCCAUAAGCUCUUUCUCAUAAAUGGAUUUCAUCUGUUCACGAGGCGUUAACCCGUAACUAAAAUAGGUGAUAUGGUGUUUCUUCUGCAUUAGUACAACACCCAAUCUGAAGCCUGAAGUGUCGGUUUCCACCACAAACAGCUCGGUGAAGUCUGGAAGAGCCAAAACAGGCGCUUGCAUCAUAGUAGAAUUCAAUAGUUCGAAUGCUUCCUGAGCAAUGCAUGACCUUUUGAACUUGUCUUUCCUCAAGAGUGCGAUCAGAGGUUUAGCAAUUGAGUCAUAGCCUUGUACAAAAUUUCUGUAGUAACCUGUGAGGCCAAGAAAACACACAAAUAUUUUACAUUGUAAGGUGUAGGCCAUCACUGCAUAGCCGCAGUCUUCGCCGGAUCAGUAGCAACGCUUUGACCUGAGAUAAUAUGACCGAGAUAUUCACAGAUGAUUAAGCAAAGGAGUACUUUUUUUGAUUGGCGUAGAGACUCUGAUCCGCAAAUAACUGAAGUAUCACUCGUAGAUGACCGCAAUGAGAAGUCAAGUCUGGACUGUAAACCAGGAUGUCGUCAAAGAAGACAACUAUGAAGCGCCGGAUGUACGGACGGAACACUUCAUUUAUCGAAGAUUGAAAGGUAGCAGGCGCAUUCAUUAAGCCAAAUGGCAUAACCAAGAAUUCAUAAUGACCGUCAUGCGUGCGAAUGGCGGUCUUUUCCACAUCAGUGUCCUUCUUAUGAAUUUGGUGAUACCCGGAGCAUAGAUCAAGCUUAGUAAACACUUCUCACCGUGUGGCUCGUCCAGAAGUUGCUCGAUCAUAGGAAUCGGGAACUUGUCAGGCACGAUUACACGAUUUUAAAACUCGAUAAUCAACACAAAAACGGCUCGUACCAUCCUUCUUUUUGACUAGAAGAAUCAGACAAGAGAACAUGCUCUUACUAGGUCUGAUGAUCCCAGUCUGCAACAUCUCUGCAACAUCUCUGCAACCAUUUGUUCCAUACUAGUUUUACUUUCUUGAGGAUAAUGGUAUGGCCUGACUGAGAUGGAAGUGACUCGAGGUUGUAGCAUUAUAGUGUGAUCGCGACUUCGUACUGGAGGUAGACCCGAUGGUGUCUGAAACACGCCCAUGAAUUGAUCCAGCACAUCCUGAAUCUGUUGAGGAGCUUGCACGGAUAAGACUUGAGAUGCAGCCAAGCCACUUUCCCACCCAAAUGUUGGUGUUAGAGACGCACAAGAAAAUGUUUGGAGGUUAGUCUUAGACUGAUGUAACGAAGACUCUCCACGUAGUGUCACAAACUUACCCUCGUACAUGAAAGAAAGCUCAUGAGCUCCCAGUCGACAGUACACUUGCCCAACUUCCUCAACCAUUGCACCCUUAGUAUCAUAUAUACUCUUCCUUUCUCCAAAGUGACAAAAUCUAUAGUAAAGAGCGUAUCUUGGAUCAUGACGGGUACCUGCGGACAAACUCCCAAUGAUUCAACGACCACGCUUGUCCCCAACAGAACCUGAAAACGUUUUUCAGAUUGUAAGGGUAACUUAGCUUUUAUCACCACAUGAGUCCCCAAUAAGUUAUGAGUAGCACCGCUGUCAAUCAUGAUCACCACUUCAUGCAGCCCAAUACGUCUGAUUUUAGUUGUGGUUGGUGUAUCAAUGCCAAGAUAGGCGUUCAUUGACACUCAAUUAUCCGUAGGUUCAUCCAAAAUUUUGACUUCAUAUACGUUGAUAACAGUCAAAACUCGCAACUCCUUAUUAGGACAAAUAUAUGUUUUAGAAUACGGUUCCUUGCAUUUAAAAAAAAUCUGAUCUCUCCGCAUUUCAUCCAACUCUGCAUCAAUAAUAUACUUCUGUUGUGGCCAUUGAUAGCCACUAUUUUGAGCUCCUUUAUCAACUCCAGACCCCGUACGGUGUUGAGUGGUAGACGAAGAACUAGCACCACAGACUGGAUGAGUGGAAACAGGGCGGUGGUAGUGAUAAUUUCCCCCACCGAUUUACAAAAGACGCUUCCUUCCAUACCAAUCACAGCUGCAAUGUGUUGAGUGAUACCCACAGGCUCUUUCAUUUUUAUCAAAUUCUUCAUCUCUAGCUUCAACCCAUUGAAAAAAACAUGUUCCAAGUUACGUUCAUCAACUCCAGUCAGAAUAGAACGUAGUUCUUUAAACUCAUGGACAUAAUCAACUAUAGAAACCAUAUGUUGAAUCGAAAAUAGUCUUUUACCUAGUUCAGCUUCUAUUCACUGUCUGAACCAAGAAAUGAAACGUCUCUUAAACUGGAUCCAAUCAGCAAAUGGGUCAUUAUCCAUCUCUCCAUUAAACCAGUUAAGGACAUGACCUUCCAAACUGAGCGAGAUCAGUUGCAAACGUUCCAGUCCAUCAAAAGUUUCCAAUACGAAAGUAAUGUUCCACUCGUGCAAUCCACCCAAAAGGGCUGGCUCCAUCAAACAUCGGCAUGUUAAUCUUCUUAAGAAGACCCUCACGUGUCUCACAAACCAUCGGAGGUAACUUAAACCCAGAGGAAGUAUCAGAGGUUGAGAUCGCGAAGAUGAUUGUAACGGAGGUGUUUGUCAUUCAACAAAGAAGUGAUCGCCUUUCCUUGAGCUUUUUCUGACAUCUGGUUUGUCUCCAUACGAUGUAGGAUCUGGGUAAGUUGAUCAAAGCAAUGAUCCAUCGAGUCAAAACAUUUCUCAUACAUCACCAAGGUCCUAUCAAUAACCAUCAGACGCUCAUCUACUCCAUCAGACUUCAGCUUAAUACGAUCCCACUCCGAACAUAAAAACAACAGAGCCUGAGAGAACUCUGCUACUGUCUCGUCGUACUCCUGCGUAGCACUCGAAUCUUCCAACGAAGUCAUCGCAAAGGUUCGUCACGUCACAAGCGCACCAAUUUGUUAAGAACUUUGUUACAUACUCUCCAACGCACAAACUCUGUUUCACUAAAAGUAGUAAAACUAGUACUCGGAAGAAAGAGAAAUAUCCGAUCGUCUCAGAUAUCACAACGAUAAAAUAAUAUAGCAAAAUUUGUCUUAUGAUCUCAUGGUGAUCAUAAGUGCAGGUCUCAUGGCGACACUACAAACAAACAACUUUAAGCAUGGAAAAGAAAUGACUCACACAACGUCAUUAUAAAGAAACUAAAAACACAAGUAAAAAACAGGGUCAUAGCCACGAAAAUGCCACGCGUAUUUCGUGGCAAAAAUGCAAAAACUACGAUCCACCUACGAAAUGCUACGCAAACGAAAAACGUGGCAAAUCGUAAAUAUCCGUACCAAACCUUGCUACGAAAUUGUUACGGAUAUAUUCGUGGAAAGGGCUAGCCACGAAAUUGCCACUAAAUAAUCGUGGGUAUACAAUUCGUAGCAAACACUCCUACAUUUUGCUACGUUUUAAUCGUGGCUAUCGAGAUAUAUUAUUAAUAUAUAUUAGUCGGACAGAAAAAAACAAAUAAAGUGAUUGCCACGAACCUUGUCAUAGCAAACCGUGGCAAGCCCACCGAAAAAAAUAUCACACCAAUCAAAUCCUGCACAUAUGGCAGGGAUAAAUACAAAAAACUGAAGCCACAAAAAUCAUUCGUGGGAAAUUUUGUGGCAUAUUUUCUCUGUGUAAUCACAUCCGUCUGGUUGGGCGCAGGAAACAUUCUUAUAGGUUGCCACGAAAAGAAACGUGGCAAAUCGUAGCAAUUUUCGUGGCAUUUUGUAGCAAAAAGCAUAGCAAUUUUCGUGGCAUUUCGUAGCAGAAACGUGGCAAUGUUUUUCCUAUAUAAGCAAACACAUGAGAGUUCAUUCACAUUGAAACCAAAUACCAUAAAAAUUCACAAUUCAAACGUGAGAUCAGACGAUUUGUCUUAAAAAAAAAAGAGAGUUUUCAAUGUCUUAUUAUUUUCAAAAUCGAGAGUAGAUAGAUCGACACAUUGAUCCAAGUACUAAUAAUGUUUCAAGAGAGUUUAGCGAAGGUGUUGAAGUUUUUAUCGCCUUUGCCUCAAGUCAAAAUUCCUUUUUGGAACGAAAAACCAUGUUAUGUCCUUGUGUAACAUGUGGAAACCGAAAGCAACAUGAUGUAAGAAGCGUAUCUCGCCAUCUUUACCGAGUUGGCUUCAAAAGUAAUUAUUAUGUCUGGUCAAGCCAUGGAGAAAGCUACUAUUACGCUGGAGAAUCAUCGACAGGAGGUCAAUUUAUGGAUAUGGUGGGAAAUGAAGCAAGUUAUGCAGAAGACAGCCCAUAUGGAGAGAACAUUCUUGGAGGAGACUACGUCUCAACUGAAACACUGGAGAAUUUGAUGGAAGAACCCAAUGAAGAUCAAUAUGAAAAAAGACUGUUUGAAGAUUUUGAAGCCGCCAAUCAACCACUAUAUGAUGGAUGUGUUGAAGGUAUUUCUCAACUAUACUUGGCAUCUCGUUUAAUAAAAGUAAAAACUGAUCAUAAUUUGGCGGAGUCAUGUAUGGAUGUGAUAUCACAAACUUUUAGAGAUGUUUUGCCACAACCAAAUAUAGCUCUUGGGUCAUAUUAUGAGAUGAAGAAGCUGACGAAGUCGCUUGUUCUCCCUGUUGUCAAGAUCGAUAUUUGUGAGGAUAAUUGCAUGUUAUUUUGGAAAGAAGAUAGCAGGUUGUUGGCGUGUCGGUUUUGUGGGAAAGAUAAAUAUCACAAGAACCAUGGAAAGGGGAAGAGGCGUCCAAAACAGAGAAUGUUCUAUUUGCCUAUUACAGAGAGGUUGAAGCGUCUGUACCAACAAGAGUCUACUACAUCACAAAUGCGAUGGCACGCAGAACAUGAGUCGCCAGAAGGAGAAAUGCACCACCCUUCUGAUGCUGCAGCAUGGAAGCAUUUUAACAAGGUAUAUCCUGAUUUUGCGGAGUAAAGUUGAAAUGUUUAUCUAGGAUUAGCAACAGAUGGAUUUAAUCCAGUGGGUAUGAGUGGAGAAGCUCACUCGGUCUAGCCCGUCAUCGUAACCCCAUAUGACCUACCUCCUGGUAUGUGUAUGAAAACAGAAUAUUUCUUUUUAUCAGUACUAGUUCCUGGGCCAAGGCAUCCAAAGAAGAGCAUUGAUAUUUAUCUGCAGCCGUUAAUUGAAGAACUAAAAUGUUUGUGGAGCGAUGGAGUUGAAUCAUAUGAUGUCUCGAAGAAGCAAAAUUUUACGAUGCGAUCCGCACUAAUGUGGACAAUUAAUGACUUUCCCGCUUACGGCAUGAUGUCCGGAUGGAUGACUCAUGGCCGCUUAGCUUGUCCAUAUUGUCUUGAUGAUACAAAGUCUUUUUGGUUGCAACAUGGAAGGAAGUAUAGCUGGUUUGACUGCCAUAGAAUGUUCCUGCCUAAGGAGCAUCCUUACAAAAGAAAUGUCCAAGCUUUUCGGAAGGGGCAGACAGUAACUGAUGAUCCUCCACCAUGGUUGACGGGAAAAGAAUUUUUUUGCGAAAGAAUCAACAACAUCGAAGGACUGAAGAAAAUGGCCCAUCGAUUGUGGAGAAAAUGGACACGAGAAACCUGCGAGCACACUAUAAACGGUUACGGCAAACACCACAAUUGGGUGAAGAAAAGUAUCUUUUGGGAGUUGCCGUAUUGGGAAAACCUUCUUCUUCGCCACAACCUGGACUUCAUGCACAUUGAGAAAAUUUUCUUUGAUAAUCUUAUCAACACGGUUCUUAAUGCUCUCGGGAAGACAAAAGAUAAUGCAAAGUCGAGGAUGGAUCUACCUGAUUUGUGCAGACGGUCUGAGUUACAUAUGAAGGAUGAUGGAACGAUGCCAGUCCCGAUAUUCCGGUUGUCGAAGGAAGAAAAAAAAAUUCUGCGAUGGUUGAAAAAUGAUACGAAAUUUCCAGAUGGGUACGCUUCAAAGUUUAGUAGGUGUAUAGACGAGACGAAUAGCAAGAUUUCAGGUCUGAAAAGUCAUGAUUGUCACGUUAUUAUGCAGCGACUUCUCCCAUUUGCGUUUAAGGAAUUACUUCCCAAAAGUGUACAUAACCUUAAUAAUUGGUUUGAUAUAUGUUAUAAUUGACUAACUCCUUAUAAUUUUUUUUGUAGAGAUAGCACUUUUCUUUCGUGAUAUCUCUGCGAAGAUACUUAAGGACGAAGAUCUUGCUAUUUUGAAAGAAAAUAUUGCGGUGAAGCUUUGCAAUUUGGAGAAGAUUUUUCCACCGUCGUUCUUUGAUGUUAUGGAACAUUUGGCAGACGAAGCUGCUUUAGGUGGUCCAGUUAAUAUAGAUGGAUGUAUCCUUUCGAGAGAUACAUGUACCAUCUGAAAAAGAAAGUUAAAAAUAAGGCACACAUUGGAGGUUCCAUCAUUGCACAAUAUGUGAAUAAAGAAAUAUCUACCGCUUCUGCAAACUUCUUUGGUAAUCCACAUGUGGUACCUGAGGUUCCACUUCCCGGAGAAGUUCGGUUUACAUAUCAAUAUCCAGAUGUGCCUAACUUGUUUUAUCAUGAAGGUCGGGUUAGUGGAAAAUCUGAAGAGAAAUGGCUAACCGAUGAAGACUACACCAUCCGCCAGACUUUUCUGAUGCUCAAUUGUGAUAAAUUCGAACCCUACGAAAGGUACUUCAAUUAUUUUUUUUGUUAUUUUUCAAGAUACCUGAAAUCAUAAUCUCUUUUAAAAAAUAACAGGAUGUUCGAGGAGUUUAUGACGGAGAGAAACCCAUAUAUGUCUAGUAAUGAUCUCCAAAUAUUGAAAGACCAACAUUUUGCCGAAUGGGUGAAAAACUAUGUGAGUUUAUAUAAUUAUUUGAUUUAUAAUUUUAUCUAUAAUUUGAAUUAGACUCUUAUAAAUUAUAAAUAUAAAUUUAAUUGACAGGUUGUGCAAGCGAGUAACACAUAUGAGUUUCCGAUGUGGAUGUUAGAUUUUGUACAAGGUCCACUACAUAAGUAUAAAUCUUGGCCGAUUUACCAUUCACGUGGAUACUGCUUCCACACACAUAGCCAUGGCCAAGAUAAGGAAACCCAACAUUACAGCGUCCAAGUUCGUGGAACCACAUAUACUGACUAUUACGGUUUGAUCGAGGAGAUAAUAAUGGUUGAGUAUUUUGGUUUUGUUGGACUGAAGGCCAUGGUUUUUAAAUGUAAGUUGUUUGAUACAACUGAAGGUCGGGGAAUUCGAAAACAUAAAUCAGGAAUCGUUGAUGUGUCUCCGCGUUGGCAGUAUGAGAAAUAUGAUCCAUUUAUCUUAUCUGGUAAUUGUGAUCAAGUUUGUUUUAUUCCUUAUCCGCGGGUACGACACACAUCAGCCAACGAUUGGUGGGCAUGUACAAAGGUUAUGCCUAGAGGGGUUCGAGAAACCUCCGUGGAUGCCCUUGUUGUGUUACAAGAUAAUAAAUUUAUAAUUUAUGAAGUUUAAAAUUUAGAAUUAUAAAAUAACUAGAUUUCUUAGUUUUAAAAUGUUAAUAUUUUAAGUUUUUUAUUUUCUUAUAUUCUUAAAUUCUAAUUAAUAGUUUUAAGAUUUUUUUAAAAAAAAUUUACAUUCUUUUAAAACCUAACUAAACCCUAAACCCAUUUCCCACCACAUAAUUAACCCAAAAUAUUUCCUUCCUAAACCCAAAGCCCAUUUCCCUCUAAACCCAAAAUUUUCCCUCUUAACUAAAGCUCAAUUUCUCUACUUAGCCAAAAUUUCCCCUCUUAACCUAAUUCACUUUGUCGUGUCUCUCUCUCUCUCUCUCUCUCAAACCUUCGCCACUUCACCCAUUCUCUUACGACACUCUCACAUAGACUUCUCUCUCUUUCUCUCUCUCUCAACGAUGGCUCCUUCGACCGAAAUCCCCAACGAAUCCCGUCGUCGCCCUCGCCCAACCGAAUUACAACUCCCAGGUUAGUGAGCCCCUCGUCUCUGUCUCGAUUCCUCUUCCAUCAAGGGUUCAUUGGGUUUCGAUUUAGACUUUAGGGUUUCGAUCUAGGUUUUUUUUUUGAGUUUCGAUUUACGUGUUUAGUUAGGGUUUACAUCUAAAAUUGUUGGUUUUGAUUUCAAGUUUCGGGUUUUGUUUUUCGGUUUUGUCUCCAUUUUCAAGUCUUGAUUCAUCUUAAUACUCUCUGUCUGUCUACAGGUAUGCGGCAAGGGAGACCACACAUGACCUUAUCGGAUCCUUCUGCUAUGGCCCCAUCUUUUGCUCCUCCUGGAGUUGUACCUCCUGGAGCUGUAUCUCAUGCAUCUGUCGGGUCUUCAAGUGCAGUGCCUGCGGCUCCUGCCCCUUAUGUCAAGAGAAGAGAAGAUGCUCUGCUACGUGCACCAUCCAGACGUAACCAGCCAGACCUCCACCCUGACAAGAUAAAUGGAGCAUUGUGGUAAGUUGAACUUAAUGCUGUUGACUGUUAGCUUACACUGUCUAACCAUAUGAUGUUUUGGUAAACGUGAAGUGUUAGUUAAUUUUGUGGUUUGAUGUAGAGAUUGGUACACUUUUAAUAUUGUGUAAUGCAGAUAAUAUGUGUGAUCCAUUACUAACUUGCAUUUAGAUUAUAAAAUUUAAAAUAUUGUUUUUCCAUUUAACAAUGAAACACAUACAUUACUGUUCUUUUUCAAUCAUCCUGGUCAAGUCUUAAACUCACUAGCUACCUUAAAGAUUAAAUUGGAUAAGCUUACAGGUUUGGAUUUUAUUGUAAACUACUACUGAUAGAUUGUAGGUAUUUGUAAAAGCAUUAGACCAGGUAAAAAAAAUUGUAUGAUGAACCGUGUAGAGUUUAAUAUAUGAUUUUUGUUUGAUGUUUUCCAUUGCCUUGUCUCAGGUUUGGUAUUGAUCCUGAAGUCCAUGCUUUUAUCCGAGCAACAUGGCAGGGAAACUAUUGGGGGUCGUGGGCAAGCUGGAACUUGAGAAGAAGGAUCAGUGGUGGCAUGCGUUCAUUGUCAGUGCUUCUUUCCCUCUCCUUUUCCUUUUCUCAAAUAUAAGUAACGAUAAGUGUUUAACUCUAAUGUCUUAUGUCCUUUUGUAGCAACACUACUACUGGGAUGAUCAAUUCCAUGAUGAAAUCUACUUGAAAUGGAUGAAACAAACUCAGGUUACCGUCUGUGGCCGCAUCAGCCAGAACAGGAGAGAUAACAGGCAACCUUCUUACAUGUCAGACGCUCACUGGGCAACGAUGGUUGAGAAGUACAGCACUGAGCAGGCAAAAAGGAAGAGUGCAAAAUCUGGAAGAUCUCGUAAGUCUGCUCCAGUUGGGAAGAAGAUGCACAAGCACGGUGCAGGCCCACGCUGCUUCCUGAACAUUGCGUAUAAUAUGGCCAGUUUUGCUUUAGUUUUUUUUCAUAAUUUUUUUUUGCCUUACGUGUUGUCUAACUUCCAUCUGUUUUUUUUUUCUUGUAGAUGAUUGAUGAAGGUUUGGAUGAACCACCUUCAUACACAGCCCUUGCAAGGAAGACUCACACGGGUAAAGAUGGUUCCUUCCUAGAUGAACGUACAGAGGAAUUGGUGCUGGAGGUUGAGGAAGCUGUUGAAGAGAUGUUGCAAGAUGGAUCUCCACUUGGCGACAGCCAAACUGACUCCACUGCUGCUUCAAAUGCAAAGCGCUAUCUUCUCAACCAAGAAUACAUCAAGAGAGGAAAGACAAAGAAGGGUACAAUAUAUGGUCUUGGCAGUGUUCAGUACAAGAACAGCAGUCCCUCAGUGCCAAUUCCUGUCUCACUGCAGCGCAACCUAGACGUGGAUAUGCGCAUGUCUGGCUUCGAGACCACCAUUUCUGAAUUCAAGGAAGAAAUUGCUGGAGUCAAGGAAGAUUUCAGUGCUUUGAAGGCAGAAAUCUAUGCUUUCAAGACAAAAGUAACCGGGGGGAUGUGAGCUAGCCAAGCAACUCUCAACACUAUUCUGCAAACUCUCCAAUCUCAAGCUUUCACUCCUGCCUCAACUGCACAACCAUCUCAGCCUCAAGCUCUGUCACAACCUCAAGGUCAGCCCCAAGCUCCAAUUCAAUCUCAACAUCAGCCACAAGCUCAAGCUCAGUCUACGGCUCCACCACAACAUCUCACGAUCAAUAACCCAUCUGAGUUAGAUAGGUGGUGCCAAGAACUCGGUAUGUAAAGCUUUUGUCAGUUCAUGUAUUAAGCUACAAUCUUUUGUCUACUUUGUUUCCUUAUGUAUUAUCUUUUGAAUGCUUAAAACUACAACUUUUAUGUAAUAUAUUUCGGUUUCUAUGAUAUUUUAGCUUUUAAUUCGCAUUUUGGUCAUUUUAUAGAAAUUUCAAAUUUGUAUUUUAUAAUUGUGUUUAAUUUUUUUAUAAUUAUUAAAACUAGCCACGAAAGAAAUCGUAGCAAACCGUAGCUUAUUGCUACAUUACCUUUCGCAUCAAACCGUAGCACAUUGCCACGCAGGUUUUUGUCUCAAAUCGUAUCAAGUUUGCUACGAAAUGUUUAGUAGCAAUAUGUGGCACUUUGCUACAUUUUUUGACACGCGCCUUUUUUGCUACGCGCGUAUACAUACGUUUUGCGUUUUGUAGCAUUUUGUGGUUUCUGCUCUGUAUAACCACGAAAAUUUGCUCAUACCCACGAAAAUUAAUGUGGCUGUGGCCCUGUUUUUUACUAGUGAAAGUAGAUAUUAUCCGUUUGCAAAGCCUCUCCUCCUACUCGAGUCUUUGCUUCUCUUAUUCCUUAGUAGAUCUUCUCUUCUACUCAGAGUCUUUCUCAACUCUUCCCGUUGCACAAUCAAUCCCACUUGACUGUUCUUCUCUUCACCACUUUGUUUCUUCUUACGGAAAUAGAUCCUCUGCAACGUAUUAGAAGCUUACCAUUUUCAGUUUUGGUUUGGCUCAAGUAUGGUUUUACCUACACAGAGGCGUUGUUAUGUUAUACUAAAAAAAAAUACUUGGCGACAUCUCCGGGAACAUCAUCCCCCCGUUACAUGGAGCUUUAUUGUCUGGUUUUCUCAUGCCCUACCCAGAUAUGCUUUCAUUACGUGGCUUGAAAUAAUUGACAAGUUGGAUACUUGAACAAGAACUAGGGAAUGGGGGCAUUGAUCAACCUUAUCUUAUGUGUGGAGAGCGUGAUGAGAUUCGGGAUCACCUUUUCUUUGCGAGUAUGAACUUUUUUACUCUAUAAACAUCAUGCUGGACUGGGAUAAAAUCAGUGGCGUAGCUAGGAACAGAAGCCACUAGGGUCGAUAACUUAUGUAUAUAAAAUUGGCUAUUUAUCACUUGGUCAAACUAUUGAGAUUCAACCAAUUAAUCAUAAUGAUAUAUUGAAAUUUUACGCCUAAAUAAAUUAAAUUUUAAAUUUUGAUACAUGCUUCGUGCUACGCGACUGAUGGAACGAUUAGGUCACUCUCCCAACAUUGCUUUCGUAGAGCUGAAGCAUUGAUUCUUUGCCUUGUCAUCCAAGCUGCAAUGUACUGAAUAUGGAAAUAACGAAAUGGGAGAAGAAAUCUGAAGCAACCUCACUCAUGAUUCAAAAGAAAAAAUCGAAUGCAACUCUCAAAUCUUUCAUCACAGCAUAAAGAGACAGUAGAACUCCUCUCCAUUUGGGACCUCGCUUGCCAAAUCGAAUGCAACUCUCAAAUCUUUCAUGACAUCAUGGAGAAUAUUAGAUUAAGAGAAUGAAAUGAUUUAGAGAAGAUUAGAACAUAAAAUGAAAGAUUAUGGUGAGAUUAGUUUAGAAUCAUGAUUAAGAGAGUAUAAAUUUAGAGAGAGAGACUCAGAACUGUAUGAUUGUAUUAAUGAUCAGAGAGUACAAUAUAUAGAGAGAGACAAUAAGGGGAUGAGGGUUUCAGAAUGGGCAUUAUUAAAAAGGAUAAGGUCUUGUUUUAAUUCAAACUAUCCAAUGAGCUUCUUCCUUAGAUAUAAAGCACCUUUUGCUUUUAUCCAGUCCUUUACAUCCUGUCUUAUGCUCUCUUAUCCUCAUCUCAACGAUCUGAUCCCUAAGAGGAGUGAACCGAGCUUCCCUUUAUCAUCCAAAGUUACUUAUGUAACUUUGGUUUAACCGUGGUCGAAGUUACUCGCCCAAGAGUGUACGGCCAAGGUACGACCUGUACGGAAGCCUCGCCCAAUCUCGUUCUUCUCCAUCAUACUCAACUCCUCAUGUCUUCUCUUCACAUAUUGAUCUCAUCUCAACACUCCCCCCAAGCUUAGCUUUGUGAAAGACUAAGCUUGGAAACCAUGAGACCUUCCUCAUUAAAAACCUCACCAAGGAACAUUCAUUGGGACAAAACCUUGAUGAGGGAAAAAGAGUAAAGACCUCAUGGCAAAGGGGCUUAGUUCUUGGAUGAGAGAUCAAUGAGUCCCAACCUGAUGUAGAUGGACUCCAUCGUCUUCAUCAUUGCGGCUUUAGUAAACACACCAGCCAACUGAUCUUCACUCCUUGUGUAGCAUGGCAAGAUCACUCCCAAGAGUAUCAUAUGCCUCACCUUGUGACAAUCCACUUCAAUAUGCUUGGUUUUCCCAAGAACAUGCAUUGUCAUUGGUGUAGCUUGCUCAAUCUCAAUAUGCUUGAAGAUCCCUUUGAUCCACACUAACUCGUUGGUAAGCUUCAGCAUUGCUCUAUACUCAGCUUCAACACUAGAACAUGAGACCACCUUUUGCUUCUUACUCUUCUAAGUCACAAGGUUCCCUGCAAUGAAGGUGCAGUAGUCGGUUGUAGAUCUUCUGUCUGCUCUAUCUCCAACCCAAUCUUCAUCACAAUAGCCAACAACUUAUGUGCUCCCAUUGCACCCUAUCCAUACUCUUUGUCCCGGUGAUCCGUUGAGGUAGCUUAGGACUCUAUCAACCAUCCUCCAAUGAUGAUCCUUUAUAGAUUUCAGGUGUUGGAUCACCUGAUUCACAGCAAAACAGAUAUCAUGAAACAGUUUGCUGUCUUCAAGCUCCCCCUCUCUUGGUACUUUGUACCCAUCCUCCAUUGGCAUUUUGGCGAUUUGCCCUCCAAUCUUACCUGCAUCUUUCAACAGAUCAAGUAUAUAUUUCCUUUGGGACAUGAAUCUUGGAUCUACAAAUCUCAAUUCCAAGAAAGUACUUCAUCUCUCCCAAAUCUUUAAUUUCAAACACAGAUUUAAGAUAGUCUUUGGUCUCUUGUAUCCAACCUUAUCACUACCAGUAAUGAUAAUGUCAUCAACAUAGACCAAUAGACAGAUGAUACCUGAUGGUGUGAUUAAGGUGAAGAGAGUAUGAUCCAAUUCAGACUUCCGGAAGCCUCUUCCAUUCAAGGUUGUGCUCAGCUUGUGAUACAUUCCCUGGUUUAAAACAUUCCCUGGCUUCACUAUACUCUCAAGACCCGAAGCAGGAUGCAUGUACACCUCAUAUUCAAGCUCUCCUUGGAGGAAUACAUUCUUCACAUCCAUCUGCCACAAGUCCUAUCCAAGAUUGGUUGCAAUGGACAGUAUGAUCCUGAUGGUGUGAAACUUAGCCACAGGUGCAAAUGUAUCAAUGUAAUCCUCUCCAUUGGUUUGAGUAAAUCCUUUAGCCACCAGCCUUGUCUUCUUUUUAUCAAUUGUCCCAUCAGGUAGAUACUUGAUUGUAAAUAUCCAUUUACAUGAUAUUGCCUUCUUCCCUUUAGACAGCUCACUCUCAUACCAAGUUUCAUUCUUAAUCAUACCAUCAGCCUCAUCAGCUACAAAUUCUCUCCAUUCUCUAUCUUUCAUUGCCUCCGCAUACGUUCUUGGUAUGUAGCUUUUAUCCAAACUGAUCAUGAAAGCACAAUGCUCGUUUGUAAACUCGGCAAAUGAACAGACAGUUUGGCUGGGAUGUGCAACGGCUUGAGCAUUGUAAAAGACUCUGGUAUUGGCCCAGUUAGAUGGAUCUUUCUUUGCUCUUGUGCUUCUUCUCAAUGGCACGGUCUCCACACGUGAUUCACUCACCACUUCAGGUUCUACAGCCGCUUCACUUUGUACCUCUUCUCCUUCUUCAGGUUGAGCCUCAUUCGGAUCUCUUUCUUCAGCCACAUCUUCAUUAUGCAUCACAUUUUGAUCAGGACUUGAGCUUCCUUCCUUCUCAUGAGCUGUAUCAGACUUGUUUCCCCCUUCAUGAUCAACAUGGGAUGUGUCUUCAGCUUCAUUAAGAACUGGUGCUUCUCGCCCUUUUGGAUCCUUGGUUGUAUUGAUCCCAAGACCAUCCAAUAUCAUCCUAAGGCUGGCUGCCUUAUCAGAUGGUUAAGCUAGAUCCUUCAGAUCUUUCCAGCUCCUUUCUUCAUAGUAACCAUUAGCUUCUAUGAACUUCACGUAUCUUGAUACUAAUAGCCUUCUUGUUUGCGGAUCAAAACACUUGUACCCUCUUUGUGUUGUUGAGUAGCCCACGAACAUUGCUUUAGUACUCUUAGGCUCCAACUUGUUCUUCAUAUCUCCUGGAACUAGCACAUAACAUAGGCUCUCGAACACUCUCAGAUGGCUUAGAGAUGAGUAGAUCUUAUUCAGCACUUCAAAUGGUGAUUGAUCCUCCAAGACUCUUGUAGGUAUCCGGUUGAUCAAGUAGAAAGCAGAUAUCACAGCAUCACUCUAAAAUCUCUUUGGCACAUUGGUUUGAAACAUCAUGGAUCUCACCACCUCCAUUAGACGUCUAUUCUUUCUCUCAGCCACACCAUUUUAUUGUCGAGUGUAAGGGCAGCUGGUUUAAUGUAGGAUUCCAUGUAGAGCUAGAUGUUGCUUGAAGUCAUUAUUUGUGUAUUCUCUACCAUUAUUUGAUCUGAAACACUUAAGUUUGGCAUUAUAGUGGUUAGAUACAUAAGCUUGAAAGUUUUUAAAUGCUUCAAGAACUCUAUCUUUAGUUUUAAUGAGAGUUAUCCAAGUGUAUUUGGAUUUUUCAUCAAUGAAUAUGACAAAGUAUUUAUAAUUUUCCCUAGACAAGCAAGGAGUAGUCCAAACAUCUGAAUGCACAAGAUUAAUGCAUUUCUCAUAGAUAGUAGUUGAAUUUUUGAAGACAGUCUUACAAUGUUUGCCCAAAAUACAUGCCUCACACUCAUUAUUUUUAAACAUGACACAUGGUAACAUUAAGCUUAAAGUUCUAACAUGUGGAUGACCUAAUAUAGCAUGCCAUAAUGCAUCAUUAUUCAAACUAGAGAUAUAACUAAACGAGCAACUUGAAUUGGAAAUGGGAGCUAUGUCUUCUAGUAUAUAAAGCUCUCCUUUGGUAACUCCCUUGCCAAUCAUCUUUCUGGUAUCAAUAUCCUGAAACUUCACAUAAUUUUGACUAAAGAUAACAUUGCAAUGUAAAUCAGUAGUACAUCUUUUAACAGAUAAUAAAUUAGAUGUGAAUUCAGGCAUAUAAAAGGCUUUAAACUCUUUAUCAAACAUAUUUAGAUUUCCUAUUCCUUUAAUUACAAUUCUAUCACCAUUAGCAAUCAUCACAUGUCCACAAGCAGGUUCUAUGUUUUUAAUUAGACUGGUAUCAAUAAUCAUGUUAUGAGAUGCACCAUAAUCCACAAUCAAAGGUUUUAUCACAUUUCGAGCAGCAAAGGUUCUAGAUGCAUCAUUAGUUUCAAUACCAUGACUUAGAUAACCAUUAGUUCUAUCUAUGUAAGAUGCAGCAAGAGAGUAUCCAAGAGGGGUGUUAAUACAGUUACCAUUCUCUUUGAGGGCUUUGAUAAGAGCAUCAAUGUCUGAUCUCCUUAUCAUCUCACUGUCCAUGCCCUUCCCGGAGUGUGUUGAGUAGUUAACACCUUCCCUUCACCCUCUCGCAUUGCCUGUCCAGCUCCAGAUGUACCAGCUUCAUUAGCUCCUUCAGACAGAUGCGCCCUUGCCUCUCUAUCCCUCAUAAACUUGGCCGGCUUGAGAUGGGGGUGUAGGAUCCAGAAUUGGCUCCUCUUAUGGCCCUACUUCUUCCAAUGAUUGCACUUCCCUCCAAACUUCCCAUCUUCCGUCUUGUAAGCCACCUUGUUUGCUUGAAUAGCAUCAGCUUGGUUCACAAGAGUGAGUUCCCCCUUUCCUCCAAACAGUCCAACUGAUCCUUCCUCUUUUUGUAUCUGAGCACACACGUCUUCAAGGGAGGGGAGCUUCGGUGAUCUCAAGAUAUGCUUGAUGAGAUCAUUAAAGACCGGAUUCAAGGUGAGUAACAAGCCAAACACUUGAUCCUGCUCUCUCCUCUCCAUGAGAAUGUCUUGAUCAUUGGUGUUAGGCCUCAGCAUCUCUAGCUCCGACCAUAAAGCUCUGAACUUUCCCAAGUGUUUAGUAAACUUCAACUCCUCUUGCACAAGUGUAUUGAUCGAUCUCUUCAACUCUAACACACAGCUCAGAUUUGAUGUGUUAUCGUAGAACUUUUGGAGAGUAUCCCACAGGUCUUUUGGCGUCUCACAGUAGCUGUAGGCUUCCAAGAUUGAGGCUUCAAGCGACCCAUGUAGCACCGUAAGCACCUUCAAGUCAUCUUGAUUCCACUUCUCUUGAUCUACCACCAUCAGCUCUUGGCCGCCUUCUCCUUCUUUUGCAACAGGUCUCGGAGCUCCAUCUGAGAUGUGGCUCCAUAAACCCUUGCUCCCAACUGCCGCUUUCACCAAGCGAGACCACAACAGGUAGUUGGUACCACCUUUCAACGUAACAGCCACCGAGAGAGCCUUGCUCUUGCUUUCUUCCAUCUUGAAUGCUUAAGAACGAACGUGAAUGAUAUGAAGCUGAAGAACAAUGAGAUUAGAAACCAGGAAAUGAGGAACCUGGCUCUGAUACCAUAUUAGAUUAAGAGAAUGAAAUGAUUUAGAGAAGAUUAGAACACAUAAUGAGAUAUUAUGGUGAGAUUAGUUUAGAAUCAUGAUUAAGAGAGUAUAAACUUAGAGAGAGAAACUCAGAACUGUAUGAUUGUAUUAAUGAUCAGAGAGUACAAUAUAUAUAGAGAGACAAUAAGGGGAAGAGGGUUUCAGAAUGGGCACUAUUACAAAGGAUAAGGUCUUGCUUUAAUUCAAACUAUUCAAUGAGCUUCUUCCUUAGAUAUAAAGCACUUUUUGCUUUUAUCCAGUCCUUUACAGCCUGUCUUAUGCUCUCUUAUCCUCAUCUCAAUGGUCUGAUCCCUACGAGGAGUGAAACGAGUUCACUUUAUCAUCCAAAGUUACUUAUGUAACUUUGGUUUAACCAUGGUCGAAGUUAUUCGCCCAAGAGUGUACUGCCAAGGUACGGCCUGUACGGAAGCCUUGCCCAAUCUCGUUUUUCUCCAUCAUACUCAACUUCUCAUGUCUUCUCUUCACAUAUUGAUCUCAUCUCAACAAAGAGACAGUCGAACUCCUCUCCAUUUGGGACCUCGCUUGCCAAACGUGAAGUGGAAUUAUUAAAACCUCAAUUUUUUUCUCUUUGAAACAGUUUUAGCUCUGAUUUUUAAUAUUGUCGUCUCUGCUUUUUUUUCUAGUUACAACAUAGCACUGUAGGUCUUCGUAAAUAAACUAAAUUUUCUUUGAUGAUUAAAUACAAUUUCACAUAUAACCAAAUAAAAAUAAAUUUUCCUUUUCACUUUAUAUUUUAUAAAUACAAAUAUGAGACUAGUGUUUCUUUAGACUUACCUAUACAUGAACAGAAACAGUCUUAAACCUUAACCUUGAAGUAUAUGGUGUAUGUCCUAGGGGCUGAUGACGAGACAAACAUGCUAUUAAACAACAACACAAAAAAUAAACAUUGACGUAUGUAUCUAGAACUUGUACAUUAUGCUUCGCUACAAAAACCAUGGUUUUGAGCUGUCUGGAAUUAUGGAGAUCCCAUAUCUGCCACUGGAGUUGUUGCUCUGAUCAUGAGACUUAAGAUAAAAGCUAUUGUCUACCAAAAAAAAAAGAAACAAAAUUACCACAUUUAGUAACCUAACAAACAAGUGUAAAAUGAAACUGACUACUGAGAGAUUGAUAAAAAUAGUUUAUUGUUUUAAACAGAACUGGUAGAGUUUGAUGACGGAUGUUAGUUUUUUUUAUCUUUUUAUAAAUAGUGACAUUUUCGAAAACACACAUUUUUUAGAUAUUUUUAGGUUCUUACGAACCUAUCUGGACCCGGAAGAAUCUGAUUCGUAUCCCAUCAGAGAAUUUAUAAUACCCGAACGAAAUUUAAUUUUAAAUCCAAAGAAUCUGAUAUCCAAAAACACUGAUUUGUAUUCGAACGUAUACAUGAAUGUCCAUGUCAACUGAUUCUAUAAAAAAUAUUAAAUUAUUAAGGUAGAUUCAAUUAAUGAGGUAGUUUAGAAAGGUGAAAAAGAAUAUGAAAAUAUAAUAUAACACUUAAAUAGGUAAUUUCUAUUUUAUAAAUUUGUAAUAAAUGAUGUGGAAUUAUUUGGAAAAGACAAUAAAUGAAUUGGUUAAAAUUAGUUAAAAAGGAAUGAAGAAAAUGUAAGAAAUUACUUAAGAAUAUAGAAGUAUUGUUUUGUACUUCAGUUUUAAUAGAAUAGACUAAAUCUUGAUCCGUGAGUCCCCUUGGGUAUUUGGUUUCAUUUUUAUGCAUUAAUAUUUGUUUUAUAUAAUUAAUAGUAAAUAAAUUAACAAAAAUCAUGUAACAAAUUAUAAACUUAGGUAUUUUCAAACACAAUAAUUGCAUUAUUUUAUUUUUAAAAUUAAUUUAUUUGUUCCAAAUUGUCAUAUGUAUUUCUUUGACAGCUCUAGAGUGGGAAACAACAUAUUGCUUCCUCUAGAUUUUAAUCGCAUUUC